CCUAUAAUUGCUUUUUCAGUCUUUUUGUUAAUAUCAAAAGGAAAAGAGAAAAGAACAGCUUCUCAUGACAACCCCUUCCCCUGUCCACGGUCCGUACCCUCGUGUGUACCUUGUUCGUCAUGGCACAACCGAAUGGAGCCAGAAUGGCCGCCACACUGGUCUGACAGAUAUUCCCCUCCUACCAAGCGGGAUCGAGCAAGCCAAGUUGUUGUCUGAACGUAUUUUCGAGAAUCCAUUCCAGGAUAUGGUCCAUAUCGAUAAUAUUUCUCUAGUUCUCGUCUCACCUCUUCAACGCGCUCAACAGACUUACCAACAGUUAUUACAAGGAGGCCUCUCCAAGGAACAACGUGAAGGAACGAGUCAACACCAUUCUUCUUGUUUUACUCGAACACAAGCUCGUACAACCUCUUUAUUGACCGAAUGGGAUUACGGCGACUAUGAAGGAAUUACCACCAAAGAGAUCCUUAAGUCCCGCCCGACCUGGUCUUUAUUCGGUGAUAAUGCUCCUGGAGGUGAAACCGUUGAACAAGUCUCGGCUCGUGCAGAUGCUAUCAUUGAACUCAUCCAUAAUUUCCAACGAGGCCAGAAUUCCGAUGGGAAAAAGACCAACACAUUGAGAAUGCCUUUUUCAGGACCGGAAAUUGUUAACGCUGCCGCUUCUGCCGAGACUUUACGACAGUCAGAACAUACCAUUCAAGAAAACAGAGAUAAUAAUCAACGUCAUCAUGAUCACGCUAACAAUGUCCAACCCACAAUCGAUAAGGCAGUCGUAACCAUUCCUGAUAAUCCUACGACGCGUGACGUCUUGGUAGUAGCUCAUGGACAUUUCUUGCGAGUCUUUGCAGCCCGAUGGCUCAGAUUAGAUGGCAUCCAAGGCAAGAACUUUGUCCUCGACACGGCUAGUGUUUCUGUUCUCGGAUAUGAACAUACUCUGGAGGAACGUGUCAUCAAAGUCUGGAACCAAAGCAACCAUCUCUGGAAGGAUAACACUCGUAUCGGCUAG